ACUAAAUCAAUAAAAACAAUAACAAAGGAUAAGCUGAAAGAUUGAUUCAUCAAAUAAUAUUUCAAUUAAUUAAAAUGUCUUGGUUUAAUCUAUGGGAUGGAUUGAAAACUAAGACGUGCAGAUACCUCUUACAAAGGUAUUUGGGACAGUUUUUCGAAAAUAAUCUAAAUUUAGAACAGUUAAAAGUGGAUCUUUACAAUGGAAAAGCUGUUGUUAAAAAUAUUUCACUAAAAGUAAAUGCUAUAAAUGAAUUAUUUGAAGAGCAGGGUUGGGCUUUUGAAGUUAUUUCUGGACACAUUGGAUGUUUGACCGUAAUGGUACCAUGGAAUGCUUUGAUGACAAAUGACAGCUCUCUAAACAUCUCAGAUAUGACUAUAACUGUGAGGCCAGUAACCCGGUCUCAAAGUGCCACAACCAUGCUAGAAUCGAUGUGGUCAUCUGUAAGCAGCUCUAUGCAAAUGGCAGAAGAAUGUAUGAAGCAAAUUGAUGAAGACAUACCGUUUUUAAACCACAGCAACACACUAGUUGGACUAGAAAAAUUUGCUGAAACAAUUGAUAAUGUUCUUAAUCGCAUACACGCAAAAUUAAGCAAUACGACGCUGAAUAUUGAGUAUAAGCUGCCGAAAUCUUCCAAGAAACUUGUCGUUGUGCUUAAAGCAAAUCAUGUAGAGUAUAAAAACCAAACUGGUUAUGAGAAGAAUACAACUCAAUGUAAAGAACCAGGCAGAACGAAUAAAACUGAUGAGCAACCUCUCUUUCUUAAUACAUUACCAAUGAUUGCUAAACAUCACUUAGUGACAACUGAGUUAACUAUAUGGACUACUGAAAUAAAUAACAGAGAAAUACAACCAAUGGAAAUUGGACGACUAUGUAAAAUUGUUGAAUUUAUGGGAGACCAAAACUUUAAAAUUAGCAUUAAACAAACUGAAAAUAUAGUUGGGCCGAAAGUGAACUUGGAAAUAGUAAUUGACCACAUUUAUACGAUGCUUACGCCACGUCAAAUCAAACUCCUUACUCGUAUUUCAAAGGCAUUUAAUAAAGAAAAUCCACAAGAUAAUAAUAAAAUAUUAAAACCGUAUGAAGACAUUAAACCGGAAAAUUGUAAUAUAUCCUAUCCCAUGAGAACGGCUGACAUUAUUGACAAAGAUGUUGAUUGGGACUAUGCACAAAAGUCGAAAUUACUUAACGAUUUUGAAAGAACUAAAAAUUGUGAAUCGAUUAUAUCAACCACAUCCACAAAUAGUAUGGCAACUACGUUUAGUAAUACUCAAAUAAACGUCGGAAGCAACGAAAUAUCAGGAGAAAUUUUGAAAUUUAAAAUUCAAAUAUUCAAAAUUGUUGGAAUAAUUUUACAUAAUGAAAUUCUAUUGGAAAGUUCUGCAUGCAAUAUUGCUCCGAAUUACAUAUUUACAGAUGAGAGUGUAAUAAAGUAUUCAAAAAUGGCUGAUAAUUUUUUUCCGAGUACACGUAAAAUGGAUAAUUUAAUAAACAGUUCAAUCCCAAUACCAAACAACAACUAUAUUUUUAGUAUGAUAUCCUCGUUAUUGGUCAAUGGAGAGCAGCAAAGAUUUUUUCAAGAGUUAAUAUUGAAAACAACAUUAUCAGCUACAAUGGUGGAUUUCAAUGAAAUUGUUGACAAUGUAGAGUAUCCCCUCAUUUUAUUUGAUAGAAAAAAGAAUUGUUUCGAAGGAUAUCACACUCGGCCUGAAUUCGUUCUAUCCCAUACAUCUUCAUGCUUCUUUAAACAGAAUUCAAACAGAAGUAGCAAUAAAAUUGAAUGUAUUCUUGAUGAGUGUACUAUAGAUAUGGAUAUUACAAUUUAUGAUCGAUUGAGGGAUCUGCUUGAGUUGUCUCCAUUCGACAAAGAGAGUGAUACUAACAAACCAUUGCAAGAUGACUCAAUCCCUAUGGAUAUUCACUUGAAGUGCAAUUCAUUCAAGUUACAGAUUAGAUUUCCAAUCGUUGAUGGCAGAUUACUUUUGGAUCCAAUGAAAGUAUCAGGCCUAGAAAAAAAUAUACGAAGCGAUUAUAUCUUAAUUGAUUUUCGAAAUAUUUUGGUUGAGUGGAAAUCCUUUGUUAGUAUCAUUGUUGAUGAAGUUAAUGGAUUUUACUGUGGUGAAGCAUUUGAAAACAAUAUUCACGUUAUGAAAUGUUCGAGUCGCAUUAUGGGCGAGAAUAUAACUCCAGAGAAUGAAAAAAUUAAUAUUAAAGUCCAUAUUCAAGACAAAAGAAGUGAUUGUUCUGAGACCAAUAAAAAACAUAAAUAUAAAUCACCAUUUAGUUCAAAAUGUUCGUAUGGAUUUUCUUCAAAUAUUGAUGGAAUAAAUGAAAGUACAGAUAAAAGAGAAAUAUUUUUACCUGGAGAUACUGAAGAAAUAAAUGACUUCUGCCAAAGCUCUAAAUAUUACUCCCACAUGAUAUUAUAUAUUUAUAUUCCAAAUAUUAAAAUUGUUUUAGAAUCUAAGGAGCUCUAUGAAAUAAUUUAUAAUCGUCUAAAUGGGGAUUUAUUCAUGUGGGAACCUCGAGUUAAUUUGCUUAGGAACACUGACAACAGUAAUAUAAUUCAUGACAAUAUUCCAAAAAGAAAAGAAGAUAUACUACAAUACUCUAAACACGUUUAUAUAAAUUUAUCAGAUGAAAAAGAUUCUACCUCGACUGAGAGCUCCAAAUACGACAAAGCAACAUUAAAGGAAGUUAAUAAUAUGUUUUCCUUUGAGUUAUGUGUUAAAGAAGGAAUAUUUAUAAUGUACCCAGAAAUUCCAGAAUUUGAAAAACGUGAUCAAACAAGUACAAAAGGAAAACUUCAAUUAAAUUUAAAAGAGCUCUCUUGCUUUUUUGUUACUGGAUGUAAUAAUGAUAAAAAUCUAAGUUACUUAUGUGUUCAAAUAAAUGAUGCGGAUAUAUUACAUUGUGGUCAAAUAAUUGAAGAAUAUACAUCAGUUUGGAGUGACGGUCUUGAUAAAAAUCUGAAACGCAUUAUUUUUAAAAAGUCCAGGGACUGUAAUAAAAUAAAUAAUCGCCAUGAAAUGAUAUCUGUUGUCGCUGAAUUGAAAAAACAUCCGUUUAACCGUUUAAAGCGAACUAAGCUAGCAUUUGGUAUAAAUGGAGCUAUAUUAUUGCAUUUACCCGCAAAAGCAGCUUUCAACUGGAUUUAUCAAUUAAUAGAUUUCGUUAAUAUAGCAGACUUUCCCAUCGAAGAGUAUGAACCAUAUGCAGUUGUCUCAGAAAUACAAGGCCAUAUAUGGAAUUUUGCAAUUGACUAUAGGCCAAAACAUUUUCCUUAUCGGGCGUCUCUGGACAUAAGUUAUGGCUCAUUAAGUAGUAACAUUACAUAUCCUAUGACAGGAUGUACCUUACGGGUAAUGACUGAGGAUUGCAUCCUGUCUAUAGGACCUGCAGAGAAUGGCUAUAAGGAUUGUUUCAACAAUAAUUUGUUGGCAGUCUUAAAUGUUGGACUCAUUAAUAUUUCAAUCUUUCUUAAUGAUCAGAACACGUUAUACCCGAAAAUAAAUUUAAGAUCUUCAAUUCACGAUGUGCAUUUAAAAACUUGCUUUGAUUCUGCGAAUGCAUUGGCUCAACUUAUUGCAUAUAUAGCGAAUGAUAAAGACUUAAUAUCAACAGAACAAAAUAUGGACAAAAAUAAAAGUGAUAAUUAUCAAUCAAAAAGUUCCGACUCUAAAGGCGAUAGAACAAGCCAACAUAUAAAUACGCUUAUGGCAGACGCUGUCAAAGACGUCGAAUCUAAUCUUUCAACACAUACUUCUUCUAUGGAAAAAUAUAGGAAAAAUAUGUUUUCAGAAGAUGAUGCGCGCCUGAAAACCAGUUCCUGCUCAUGCUUUAGUAAUUCCGAUGAAGGCAACAUUUUAAAAUUGGAGUCUAACCGACUUUUAAAACCCUGUAAUCAAGACAAUUUAGAAAAAUCUUUACCACAAAUUGAGUCUGAACUGGGGACAGCAACUUUCAUGCAUAAAUCAACAGUGGAGGAGAAAGAUUUCCACGUUAUUCAUGAGGAUGAACUUUUUUUUAUGGAUAAUUUUGGAGUUGACGAAGUAUUUGUCUCUGAAGAUCCUCUCCGAAUCGUAGACAAUCACUUCAGUAUGCCACAUGAAAAAGUUGACCUCCUUCGAUCACCUAUAAGUUUUCCUAUUUCGGAAGAAAGCUAUACCUUGUGUGAAAUGACAUUUACUUGGCAUCUAUUUGGAGGCAAGGACUUUCCAGACCCAGAAAUUAAAUCUACAAAACAGUUUUCAGCAGUGCCUAAAAUGUCCGACACAUAUAAGCAUGGCGUGUCGGAAGCUCCAAAUGAAAGCCAUGAAAACAUGAGAAAAAUCAUUCCUGAUGCAUCAGUGCUAUCUCAACGUAACCCCGAUGUUCUUGUAGAAAUACAAUUAACAAAAAUUCGUAUUUCUCAUGAUACAUACCCGAUUAAUGCAGCAUAUUCAUCUAGACAAGUUCUAAUUAUUUCUGAAAUAGAAAUUCGGGACCGUUUAAAAUCAUCAGAAAUUAAUAAACUUCUUUAUCACCCUUUUAUCAACAACAUUUCACACAAAAAUAGUGAAAACAUGAUCACUGUGAAAGCGCUUAAUUCUCGAUCCAAUGCGAAUAAGAGCAGAGCGGAGGAAUGUUCUUUGAAAGUUUCAAUCUUGCCAAUACGUCUUAAUAUUGACCAAGACACGUUAAUUUUCUUGGAAGAAUAUUUUUCUGCAUUAAUUGAGGCGUCCAAAAUUGUUGAGUAUUCAUGCAAUAAUUUAGAUUUAGAUAGGGAUGUGCCAAUAAUGACAGUAGAAGUUAACCCAAGUGUCGUAAAUGAUUUAAAAUCUACUAAUGCAUCCGAUAAAGAUGUAGCUGAUCCUUUUGAAAAAAUAGCAUUAAAUGCAAAAGAAUUAGAAGAAGGCACGAAUUUAAAUGAACCUAUUUACUUCAAAGAGUUUAUAUUUAGUCCAUCUUUGCCUAUAUGUUUUGACUACCAUGGUCGAAGAAUUGAAUUAUCCCGGGGUCCAAUAACAGGAUUGGUAAUGGGACUUGCACAAUUACAAGGAUCUGGAAUUAACCUUCGGGAAGUUAUAUGUCGACGAGGCCUUCUAGGGUGGAAUAAGUUAAUAGAAUUUUUGUGUCGUGAAUGGCUUAAAGAUAUUAAAAGGAACCAGCUCCCCAAUAUUUUAAGUGGAAUCGGGCCAACAAAUGCUGUACUUCAAUUAUUCCAAGGAUUCUUUGAUUUAUUUCGUCUACCAUUACAACAAUACAAUAAAGAUGGCAGAAUUAUAAAAGGUUUUCAACUUGGUGCCCAAAGUUUCAGCGCACGAACUGCCAUUGCAGCACUGGAAAUUACGUCUAGAAUAAUUCAUUUACUCCAGUUUACCGCAGAGACCACGUUUGACAUGCUUUCUGCAGGACCAUCAUUAAACAGAAGAAAAAAACCAAAAGUUGGAAAGAAACGCCAUAGCCGCCCAAAGGAUUUACGUGAGGGUGUCGCAAAUGCUUAUACAAUCGUAAAAGAGGGAAUAAAUGAAACCGCAAACACAUUAAUGGAGGCUGCCGUUGUGGAGCAUGAUCAAAAGGGCUACAGUGGCGCUGUUGGUGCUGUUGUCAGACAAAUACCACAACUGGUCGUUUGCCCGGCUGUUUUAGCUACUCAGGCUACAACUAAUAUACUAGGAGGUGCUAAAAGCUCUCUAGUACCAGAAGCGAAGCGUGAAGCCAAAAAUAAAUGGAAGUACGAGAAAAAUUAAAAAGUAUAUUAUAUUUUUAUUAUUAUUUUAUAAUUAAUAAUAGCCCUUUUUAAAUGUUAGCAGCCAAAAACUUUUUACAAUAACAAAAAUAUAUUUUGUGAUUCUUUAUGGGAAAU